AUGUUCUCCACAAAAGAGAAGGACGUUCAGGCAUCGCCAGAUCUCAGUGACCAGAAGGAAAUACCCCAUUUCGACGGCAACUACAAUGAAGAAGCAACCGAGUUUGUUACGUGCCCGCCGCACACGACCGAGGCCAAGCUGGUCAGGCGAAUCGACCUUCAUGUCAUUCCCUUCCUCUGUAUCAUGUACUUGCUUGCUUUCCUGGACCGUGUCAACAUUGCCAAUGCAAACGUGUUCGGACUGAGCAAGGAACUCGACCUGCUUCACGACAACCGCUACAACAACGCCUUGGUCAUUUUCUUCAUCCCCUACAUCCUGCUUGAAAUUCCCUCCAACCUCCUCUUGAAGAAGCUCAAGCCAAGAAUCUGGCUGUCCAUCUGCAUGUUCGGCUUCGGAGUCGUGACUAUGCUGCAAGGCUUCGUGCAGAGCUACUCUGGACUCUUAGCCACGCGCUUCUUUCUCGGCGUCUUCGAGACGGGAAUGUUCCCGGGUGCAUUUUAUUUAAUCGGCAUGUGGUACCGCCGCCACGAGGCCCAGAAGCGCUAUUCUUUCUUCUUCUCCUCGACCACACUCGCCGGUGCCUUUGGAGGACUUCUUGCCAGUGCCAUUGGUAAGAUGGACGGUAUGAGAGGCUACAUGGGUUGGCGCUGGAUCUUCAUCCUGGAAGGCCUUCUCACCGUCGUUGCCUCCUUCUUUUUCUUCUUCCUGCUGCCUAACUUCCCCGAGGAAUCAAAAUGGCUUACCGAGGAGGAGCGCGCCUUCGUCAAGGCACGUCUGCAGGUCGACCAAGGCAGAUCGGCUCGUGAGCGAAAGAUGUCGCUUGGCGAUGUUGGCCGCGUCUUCAAGGACGUCAAGGUCGUGAUCGGCGGCUUCAUGUACUUUGGUCUUAUUGUGCCUGCCUACGGCUACGCCUACUUCAGCCCUUCUAUUAUCCAGACGUACGGCUACAGCCCGAUUCAAACUCAACUUCACUCUGUCCCACCGUGGGCUGCUGCCUUUGGCUUCUCCAUGUUGGUCGCAUGGUUCUCGGAUCGACUGAAGCACCGCUUCUUGUUCACCGUCUUCCCCAUCUGCAUUUGCAUCACAGGUUUUGCCAUCCUCAUCUCGGUGCACAACAAGCCGAAUCUUCAGUAUGCCGCAUUGUUCCUUGUUGCCAUGGGUGCAUAUACUGCGAUGCCUGUCAUUGUCUGUUGGUUUAACAUGAACCUCGGUGGCCACCACCGUCGCUCUGUAGGCUCGGCUUGGCAGAUAGCUUUCGGAAAUGUUGGAGGAAUCAUUGCGGUGUAUGCCUUUCUGAAGAAGGAUGCGCCCAAGUAUGUUCCGGGAUACUCCAUCUGCAUUGCCUUUGUGUGCUUGAGUGCGCUCAGCUGCUGUGUGUACUUCGUCGCGUGCUUUGCGCAAAACCGAUCGAGAGACAGGAGUGUCAGGGAUGUGGGCUUGACGGAAUACGAGAAGACUGAAAUGGGCGAUCUGAACCCAGACUAUAGAUAUCUGUUGUAG